AUGCCCGAGAAGAACGCUCCAUUGUCGCCCAGCUCGCCGUCGAACCCUUCGAACCAGUCGUCACCCAAAUCACCGAACCCGAGGAACCGGGUGAAGGUGGCACAUCUGGGCGAUGAGAUAGAUCAUGGCGAUCGAAGGCAUGGGUCGAAGAGAACCCCACGGUCCAAGGAGUCUCCAGGGGGAAUGCCGCUGAGUCCACAUCGACUGGCAAUUGAUAGCGCGCUGCAGUGCAUGCAGAGUAGGAAGUCGCAACUGGAUGUUCGAAAUGUGGAGCGACCCAGCAAGUGGAAUCUCGCGCGACUCGCAUUGGCAGGUCCGCAAAGCGAUGAAGAUGGAAAUCUGACAGAAGUCCAAAAGCUUUUGAGACGCGUGAAAGGUGAAUACACCACAGUGACUCAAAAGGAGGAUGUUUUAGAGACCAUCAUGAACGCUACGGCCCACGCCAGCUUCGAGUGCCUAGGACGCUUCGAAAUGGAACCCUCGUACACCACACGCACGGCCAUCAACACGUCCGCGAUGAAAGGAAGAGCUGGAGAGAUCUACCGGAUUUGCCAUCACAUUGGUCGGAAGGAUUUGAUGGAUGUCCAGGAGGAGGAUGUAAGUCUUGUGAACGAGCAUGGCUUGAAAUUUUUCUCUGCACAGGCUGGUGAGAUCAGUCACAUCGGAGAAGAAUGGAUGGAGGGUCUGGACUGCAGUUUGGGUUUGGCACUUCCAGCCCCACGGAGACCAGGGAAGAAGACCACCUUCACGAAAGCAUUGUCCGGGCUGUUGGUGGCCAAAAACAUGAAGGCCACAGGUGCCUUGGCACAGGCCACAGCCGGGGACCUCCUUCCCGAACGCGGUUUUCUGGGCCGUUGUGGUGACUGGUGUUUGAUCGGCUUGGUGAACUGUCAGGGCAGUCCAAAGGUGGCUGGCCCGCUGGCUGUGAUGAUCGCGCAGGAAAUGCCCAAGGCCUUGUUUCAGAGUCCCAGUUUCGUGGAGAAUGAUCCAGCAGCCGGCCUCACGGAAGCAUUUGGCAAGGUGCAUGUCCUGAGUGCCCAGGAGUUAGACGUGACUUUGACAGGUGCAUCCACGACUGUCCCGCUGAUGAACGGGAAGGAGAUUUGGGUAGCCCAUGUGGGCGAUUGUCGCUGUGUCAUGGGCGUUCCAGAUCAAAGUGGCAACACACGGAACUUCCACAUCUCAGCGAUUCCUCUGACGCAGGACCACACUUUGUCGCAGCCCAAAGAGUUUGAGAGGGUCAAGGCUGCCGGUGCAGAUGUGCGGAAGCUAGUUUGGGACAAGACCUGCCGCAUCUUCGCGGGAGACUCCGAUUAUCCCGGUUUAGCGUUGACCAGGGGCAUUGGCCACCGCUUGGGGCAUACGGUCGGUGUCACUCACAAACCCAGCAUCAGCAAGUUGAACCGCGAGGAGAUGCCAGCGAAGAGCUUUCUGUUGCUGGGGAGUGCCGGAAUCUGGGCGACCUUCUCCGAAUCAGCUGCAGUGAACUGGGUCAGCAGGACCUUCCAAGAUCCCCAAGAGGCGGCGAUGUCGCUGGGCACCGAAGCCUUGGGGCGAUGGCAGGAUCCUGAGGGUCCCCGAGGAAAUCUCCCUGCGGACGCGCCUGAGAACUUUGCUGCUUUCCUGCUGUGGCCGACGCAGGCGCCGACGCAAGCAGAACAGCGGAGCUUCGUCCUGGGACCUCAGGAUGGACGUUCGCGAUGUCACUGGCGUGAGGUGAAGUCUGUGGAACGAAGCCAUGCCUUGAGGGAGUUGGCCGCCUGGGGCACACCACGUGAUCGAAUCGCCUGGCAUGUCUCGCCCAAGUGA